GUGGACCAUAAAGGAGGGGGACAAGUGGUAGCUCAACCUAUGAUUCUACCACUAGAGCAGUGUGUGUACCUUACUCCCAUCCCAUUAUCAAAUAGGUUAGGAUUCAGAUCUCACCAGAGAGAGGAGAAGAGAUGCAAUUGCAAGCUGGAAUCAUUAGCCUCUUCAAGACAUAAAUCUGUAUUGAAGGGUUUAAUCAGAGAGACAAAACCUGAUCUUGAGCUAAAUUCCAAAGAAAACACCAAUAUACAAUUCUAGAGUAGUGGUCCUGUCCCUUUGAUGCUUCUUGUACCAGUCUUCCAUGAGGCUCCUUCUUUGCAAUGAUCCCUUUCAUUCUCUUUUGUCUCGUUGCUCAUUGUGCUUCCAUUUCUUUACUCCCAGUAAAAAGGGUUGUCACAAAAAAACACACAUGAGCUUGCACAUAUUUGACAAGCUCAAACUCUCAAGACCUGGCCAAAGCCAAUUGCUUUGAAAUUUUCCUAAUUUUUUCUUCUCUCACUUUGAUCUUCUCUCUCUCUCUCUCUCUCUCUCUCUCUUUAUAUACAAAAUUGGUCCUCUAAGAUGGGUAAUGAAAACCAUUACCACCAUCAGUUUUACUAUCAGAAAAGCACAUUCCUUCCAAUGCUUUGUUCAAGGCCUUCCAUCAAAGAGGUGACUCUUCCUCGAUUCAGAGACCCUUCUGCUUCUUCUGGCAACGACCCUUUGUCCCCAAGAAUCAGUUGUAUGGGUCAGGUCAAGAGAAACAACAAAAUAAGCGGCAUUCCACCCUCACAUAGACUCACUUUCACAACCAAAACCGACAACACCAACAGAAACACUACCUCCUCCCCUAUUGUCAAAUACUCCAAGCUCAAAAAACUCUUCUCUGGCAAGAACUUUAUUAUUAGCACCCCAAAAACCACCACAGCCACCACCACCUUCUCAAGCUGCAGAUCAAGGCAUCAAGAAGUUUCAGAUAUGCCCAAAAACCAAAAGUGUCUUAGCAACAAUGUUGUUUUCAACAAAAGCAUUGAGGAAAUGGAUCCUCCUUUGCCUGUGGUCAAAAGAGUGUGCAAAUUGGAAGAACCAAAAGAAUUGGAUAGUCUCUGGAAAAGAAGAUCAGGUACGGAUAGGCCUGCACUCAAAAGUUUGCAGCUUCAACAGAUUAACCAUCCAAGGAUUUGUGUUCAGCCUCCAACUGUUUGAUAGCUACUAUGGGAACACAAUCAAAUCAACAGAUCCAGAAUUGUACUUUUUUAUAAUUUUAUUUCUUAUUCAGAUUUUGUUAGUUACAUUAGAUACAAUGUAAAUGGUUUUCUUUUCUCUUUUUCAUUCUUAUGGCUUCCAGUUUCCUAGUGUUGCUUGAUUGAUUGAUUUCUUGAGGGCAUCUCACAUGGCGGCGAUGCAGAGUUUCAGGGUCAUGUUUGUGUGGAUACAUCAGUGAAUUGGUCAAAGUCAAACGGUCAAAAUUUUAAAUAUUUAAUGCGUUUAAUUAA